AUGGCCAGCUUCAUACCUUCGGAUGUUAAAAAUUUUGUCAUCUGGGACUAUGUUGUCUUUGCAGCACUCUUUCUUAUUUCUUCCGGCAUUGGAGUCUUUUUUGCAAUUAAAGAGAGAAAAAAGGCAAGCUCAGCGGACUUUUUAGUUGGUGGCAGGCAGAUGACUUGUGGGCCCGUAGCUCUGUCUCUCACAGCUAGUUUCAUGUCUGCAGUGACUGUACUGGGAACUCCAGCUGAAGUGUAUCGCCAUGGGGCGGCCUUCCUUCAAUUCUUCAUUGCAUAUACUUUUGUCAUCAUUUUUAGUUCAGAACUUUUCCUACCCGUGUUCUACAGAUCUCGGAUUACAAGCACUUAUGAGUAUUUGGAGUUAAGGUUUACCAAGCCUGUUCGUAUUGCUGCAACGCUGAUUUACAUAGUACAAACGAUUCUUUACACUGGAGUAGUAGUCUAUGCUCCGGCUUUGGCUCUCAACCAAGUGACUGGCUUUGAUCUUUGGGGCUCAGUAUUUGCAACAGGAAUUGUUUGUAGCUUCUACUGUACUCUGGGAGGAUUAAAAGCUGUUGUCUGGACAGAUGCCUUUCAACUGAUUGUCAUGGUGACUGGAUUUUUAACAGUUUUGAUUCAAGGAACUCUUCAAAAUGGGGGACCUGCAAACAUCUGGGAGAAUGCCAACAAUGGAUCUCGCCUUAGCAUAUUUGACUUUGAUGUUGAUCCUCUGAGACGACACACAUUUUGGACAAUUUCAAUAGGAGGAACAUUUACCUGGUUAGGAAUGUAUGGUGUUAACCAGUCUACAAUGCAAAGAUGCAUUUCCUGCAAAUCAGAGAAGCAUGCCAAGCUUGCACUGUAUCUUAAUUUAGUGGGACUGUGGAUCAUCCUGGUAUGUGCAGUCUUUUCUGGUUUGGUGAUGUAUACCCAUUUUAGGAGCUGCGAUCCAUGGACGGCUGGUUUUAUUUCAGCACCUGAUCAGCUAAUGCCGUAUUUUGUUAUGAUCAUCUUUUCUUCAGCCCCUGGACUUCCAGGAUUAUUUGUUGCAUGUGCAUUCAGUGGAACACUCAGCACGGUGGCUGCAAGUAUAAAUGCUUUGGCAACAGUAACAUUUGAAGAUUUUGUCAAGCACUGCUUUCCAAAUAUCUCUGAACGUAUGGGCACUUGGAUCAGCAAAGGUUUAUGUAUAAUAUUUGGAGUGAUAUGCACUUCAAUGGCUGUAGCAGCAUCGCUCAUGGGAGGUGUUGUGCAGGCUUCACUGAGCAUUCAUGGAAUGUGUGGAGGACCUAUGUUGGGGUUAUUUAUACUGGGAAUUGUUUUUCCUUGUGCCAACUGGAAGGGUGCUCUUGGAGGCCUUCUCAUUGGAAUCAUCCUGGCAUUUUGGGUUGGUAUUGGAGCUUUUGUGUACCCUGCUCCACCUUCAAAGACCCUCCCAUUAUAUCUCUCAACAGCUGGAUGCAUUGCCAAUAAUACAGAGACCGUAGCUACCGUGAUUCCUACUUUACCUCCUGUCAGGCCUCAUCUGGCAGAUACCUGGUAUUCCUUGUCGUAUCUUUACUACAGUGCUGUUGGGUGUCUUGGAUGCAUUAUUGCAGGACUUCUGAUUAGUUUUGUAACAGGUCCUAAUAAAGGCCGUGAUAUUAAACCGCUGUUAAUUCGCCCAGUCUGCAACAUAUUUUGCUUCUGGUCUCAUAAAUGUAAAGCCUUGUGCUGGUGUGGAGUGGCACAUGACAACAAAGCACCUCAGGAGGAGUCGAAACAAGAUCUACAGAAAGAGCUUGCAAAGAAUGUAGAAGCAAAUGAUGCACUUAAGAAUGGACUGAAUACAGAAAUGCAGAAACAUUUACCUGGCUAUAACCCCGGUGAGAAGUCCUACACAAAUACAAGUAUAGACGCAGAAUCUUACUUUUAGUGUGAACAGAAGAUGAGACACCAAGAUAACCACAGAAAUCGCAUAACUUUAGAAUAACAAAUUUUUGGAGUCUGAUUGGCUUGAAAGACAUUUAUCUGUAAGACAAAAGAAGGCUAGGAGGAACAUUCAUUUUAUUUAUGGAAGUCAUUUCAUAAAAGGAAAGGAAUUCUUCCUAAGGCUCUGUGUGUGGUGAAUGUCGUCAGAGAAAUUAUGGGAAACGAGGGCUGUUGUGAAUUGGCAUGUAAGUUGUCUAGCUAAAGUGGAGCAUGUAAUUAACAUUUCCCAUUUCUCAAAAGCAAAAAAUUAGUCUCACUGACUUGUUUGCAUUCCGGAGUGGACAUUCAUCUUCCAUUGUUUCUACCACAGGCUGACAUCCUGACUAAAUUACUAACUAAAUGUACUAACAUUCUGACUAAAUUAUUCAACAGCAGCCCUAUUGAAGUUGUCCAUUCAAGUAGCACUACUGAGUAACUUAGUCUGGAUAGCAGCCACUGGUUGUUAUGAUGCACAGUUCUUAGGGUCAUGGAGCGACUUGUGGAGCCAUUGCUGCCAAGAUGGAAGCAGCAGGCCGCUGUUGAGUUCAGGAGGUAGUGUGACCAGCGUCACCAUAUUUUUUCCUCCCAUAGUCGUGAGUGGGGAAAGCUGUGGUAAUACUGGUAGUGCUACUGAGCUAUCUUGAUAGUGGCCCCCUCUUCCAUCUCUGCAGUGCUUCUGUGAAUCACUCCGUGUCCCUAAGAACCGUGCAUCAUGUCCAUCAACAAAUUUAAAAAUGCAAACUGUGACACAGAUUGCAUCUUGCUUUUCGAAAGUACAGUGUUAUGCUACAGUUUUACAUCUGGACACUUUCUCUGUGUUCUGUAGGCUGACAAAUAAAGC